AUGACGCGGCCGCUGCCGUUCUUGAUGCCUCCAGUAGCUCUGACAGCAGCAGCCGCGGAUCAUCCAUCGAAUCUCGUGGUUGCAGCGGCCGCGCCAGAGACCGCACACGUUUCAGUGUGUUCCCCGUCGUCGCUUCUCCCUUAUUCUCUCGAAAGAAAUGCGAACGGCCUCUGACAGCGAUAAGCCAGCCGGCAGGUGAUUCGAAGUGAUCUCCCGAGUCAGGUCCCACCGCUCACACCUGGCACCAAUCAGAAGAUGGCGCAAGCCUUGCGAGCAUCGUUUGCAUCCUGGGAGAAAGUUCAGGAAGCGAGUAACACUCCAAAAGAUCCACGCCAGUGGUCCUCUCAGGACGUCCGCCAUUGGCUGGCAUGGACCAUCAAGGAGUUCAGCCUUGAAGGGGUGGAUCCUGGCCUAUUCGGUACGUUGGACGGUCGCGAGAUGUGUGCAAUGGGCAAAGAGGCUUUCCUUGCGAGAACCCCGCCCUACUCGGGCGAUAUCCUCUGGGAGCAUCUUGACAUCAUGCAGAAAGAAUCCAACGCGCGCGCAUCUGGCGACCUAAGAGCUCAGGAUCUAUCAUCCUCGAAAAUCGAGCUAAAAACCUUGGCUGUGACGUCAGCUAGAGAUCUUCUGAAUUCUCGUAUUUCCUCGCUGAUGUUCUCUACGAUUACGACGUUAAUGAAUUGUUGUCACGAGGAGAUCGUUCAGAAUAAACGUCGAGACAUCGCAUUCGUAAAGAUAUCGAAAUCUUGUUCCCGUUCGCUCUCAAUGAACGCGUGCGUGAAUUCAGAUAAAGCUCUCCCCGAAACGCCGGUCGAUCCGUUAGCUCCCGCUUUCACGAUGACCUCGGCGUCGGCUGCGGAGUUCGAACAUUUCUUCCACCAUCCAUCGCUGAACACCAACAACAACAACAGCAACGAUACCAAUAACAACAGUACCAACUCAACUGAAAGUGCGAUUCAAGCUAUGAAGAAACAACGCGCAGACCUUACGGAAGGAACUCCUUUCGACACCAGCAGACUUAACGGAUACCGUCUACCUGCUGACGUGCAGAUCAAGGUCGAGAAGGCCGAUUGUGGUUACAUAUCUGAGGGAAUGGCGACCAGUGCUCCCGACGCUUCCCCCGAAGUCAUAAUCGGCUCGACAUUCGACGACCAACACUACGGCCCAGACCCUGGCCAGUAUUAUCCCAACUAUUUCGAGCAGUCGCCCGAGUUCUACCCCUCAACCUCGUAUCACAACUCGUCGUACACGGACGUGAAAAAUGUCGCUACUUAUUCAACUCAGAAGAAUCUCUCUAAUGCUCAAAAACCCUAUCCGAUUUCGAUGUCGACCUCAGCCAAUAUCAACAACAAUAACCUGUUGACUCCCAACAACAACACGAACGGCACCAACAACAACAAUAAUAAUCAGCUGUCGAAUUUCUUCGACCCGAGCUACGAGACCCCCUUCCAGACGGUACCGCAGGUCCCGAGCUCCCAGCAGACACCUCAGAGCUCAGGCCAGGGCAGCCCCCAGGCGCUUCAACAGAACCGGGCGGAUUCGUCAUCCCCGAACGCCUGGACGCCAACGUGCAUGCCCCAACAGAGCAGUCCACCUCAAAAUCCCAACCAGAGAUUCCUCAACAGCAACGCACCUUCCGCCGUCGACGCUUUCUAUCCCCCUUACCCCAUGCAACGGUACCCCUUGACCAGUUACAAUGGCGAUUCGAGACCAGUUAUCCAAGCGUCGGUUCUAGCCGGUAGCGGGCCAAUCCAGCUAUGGCAGUUUCUCCUCGAGUUGCUCACCGACAAGUCUUGCCAGAGCUUUAUUUCGUGGACCGGUGACGGCUGGGAGUUCAAACUCACCGACCCCGAUGAGGUCGCGCGCCGAUGGGGCCAUCGCAAGAACAAACCAAAAAUGAACUACGAGAAAUUGUCCCGUGGACUACGGUACUACUAUGACAAGAACAUCAUUCACAAGACUUCGGGCAAACGUUACGUGUACCGUUUCGUCUGUGACCUCAACAGCAUUCUGGGUUUCACGCCAGAGGAGCUGCAUGCCGCCGUGGACCUCAAACCCGAAUCGAAGAAGGAAGAAGAUCAAAAUCUCCUCUCGAUUAGCCAGUGUUAG